UGUUAACACGAGCCCACUUCCUGUUUCGAUGCCCUAACUCACUCCUCUGUGUGGGAGUUUGAGGUCUGGUGCUGCAGAGCCAUGCACAAGGCUGCACUCUGGUACAUAGGUGUCUUGACCAGUAAGAUGAAUGGACUGAAACUGUGGUUUGCUCUGCUUCUGUCGCUGAUCUUCUGUGUUGAGAGCAAAGGUGCUGCUUCAGUGGCUUGGCAACAUGUGAAAACCACCGGGAAAGAACCGUACGUCGCUCCAGUGUGCACAAGUAAAACCGAGGGUAUCAUCGUAAUUGUAACGUGCACCAUCAUAACAGAGAGAAACAGGGGAUCACAGUGUCAACUGGUGUAUAAACUUGGAAAGGACUUUGAGAACAGUUGUGACUCCAGGUUCAGAUUAAUGACGGAGAAUCAGACUGUGUCCCUUCAUCUGAGCAGCUUGACCCCAGAGGAUGAGGUGAACGUCACAUGUGAGUGUUCACGUCUUGAUGGAACAUUUCUUCUGCAUCUCAAUGUCACUGUGGAAGAGGAGGCAAUCUCCAGCAGCUCGUCUGAAGAGCUUAUUCCUUCUGUUGUAAUUGGUGUAAUUCUCUUCAUGGUUACAUCUGGAGCGAUCCUGGGACUUAUCUGCAGAAACACUUGCAACAGACGACAACAGGAAGCCACCACCAGUCAUCCAGACGUGGAACCAGGAGACAUUGAGCCAUACAGCACCUUCACGCAGAGAGAGAGUGGACUUUAUUCUGUUGUUAAAUCCCCAGAUUGAAUUCACAUUACAUUUAAUUUAGCUGAUGCUUUUAUCCAAAGCGACUCACAAUAAGUGCAUCAACCAUGAGGGUACAAACCCAGAACAACAAGAAUCAAGAAAGUACAAUUUCCUUCUUGACAGAAUUCACGUGUGUUUGCAGGAGAUGAAACGAAUUCAGGGACAAUUCUGUAGCUUCUGCCUCCAUGUGAUGCUUGUUUUCCUGUUGAUGAAACAAACUUAACUUUGAGCUUUAAUCGUUUUACUCAAACUUGAUUGUUUCGCUUAUGUUUUAUUCACCUUGAGUUUAAUGUUUUUGUUUUUAAAAUAGUGAAACUGUGAAUAAAUGAGUUAUCUAAUAAA